AGUGUGAGCCAUUUCGGGUCUCAGAGCCGUUUCUCGCGCGGGCACGCGGCUUUGGUCAAGGUCGACGUUGGCCGCGCCUGCGGCGCGGAACACCUGGAGAAAUGCCGAAGGUCCGCAAACAUCCCAACUCCGUCGUCGAGGUGUCAAGCCCCUGACAACAUCUGCCGCUGGUGUACUUAAUCGUUUUGAUGGACAUGUUGAACUUCGGGAUUGUCUUCCCACUGCUGCCAUCGAUUGCAGAGGAGUUCAAUGCCUCGGCGAUGCAGGUCGGAAGCUUAGCCACCUUCUUCUCCGUGGCGCAAGUGAUCUUUACACCUGUUCUAGGCUGGGCCUCCGAUAAGUUCGGUCGACGCCCGGUGCUGCUGAUCGCCGUGGCGGGCACGACGGCCUCCACGGUGUUGACGGGAGCGGCCUGGAACUUCACCAUCAUGUGCGUGGCACGCGCCAUCAACGGCGCUAGUGGUGGCACUGUGGGCAUUGCGAACGCCUACAUUGCGGAUGUCACCAAUAGUAUAGAGAAGCCCACCUACAUCUCCUACCUCCAAGCAUGUAACUCGGUGGGCAUCAUCAUCGGUCCCGCCUUGGGUGGAGCCCUCAGUCGCUGGGGCUUCGCCCUGCCCUGCUACGUCUCCGCUGCCUUGAGUGGGCUGAACUUCCUUGUGGCCCUCUUCUUCCUGGUGGAGCCCCGAUCUUCCCAGCGAGAGGCAGCUGUGAACUUGACACAUCCCACACCUGAUGAGGGCGCACAAGAAGGAACCACUGGCACUGGCAUUCACGAGAAUGUCCACAGCGCGGUGGGCAGCAAUGCCCGUUUGCGGACGCGCGCCUCAUCGGUGGACACAGGGUUAGAUUACAUCCCCUGCUCAGCUGGUUUGCUCUUCGCUGCGGGUUUCCUUUUCAUGCUGGGCUUCGCCUCCUUCGAAAGCGUCACAGGAUACUACUUGAUGGACAGGUUGUUCAACCACAACAAAGAAACCAGCGGGCAGUUCUAUGGCCUGCUUUUCACAAUAGCCGGGAUAGCCAUGCUCCUCACCGCGCUCUUUAUCUACAAGCCCCUGCUGGGCUGCAUCGGCGAGUUCCCCACCGUGGCCCUGGGGGGCGUCUUCCGUUGCGCGGGCUUCUUGGGGAUGUCCUUCGCCACCAGUCCGGUGCUGUUCGCUUGUGCAGCGAUCGUGCAAGUGGUAGGAGGAAAUCUCAUCUCUCCGACCACAUCCUCCCUUUUGACCACGAUUUGCUCGAAGAAGAUCUAUGGCAAGGCUCUAGGCUACCAACAGUCCUUUCAGUCGGUGGCCCGGAUCUUCGCCCCCACCAUCUUCGGGUAUUUGUACGACCAUUACGAUCAGCGCCUCACCUUUUGGAUCAAUGCCGCCACCACAGUCAUCGCGGUGCCGCUCAUCUUGGCGGUGCCAAGGCCUGCGAGCCCCAUGAAUGCCCAGGAAGUGGAGCAGAAUUGUGAUAGCUUGGAACGGCAGAAGUCCGUUCCACCCACCUUACCCUCUCUGGAGGGCACCGAGCACCAUCCCACCCUGCGGCGGCAGCUCUCCAGAAGUGCUACCGAGUCACAUCAAAGUCAGAGCCUGCAGCCGGUGGUUGAGGAUGCUUAGGCGAGCGGAGGCCGAAGCCUAGGUCCAGCAGGUCUCAAAAAGGGACAUUCUGCUGAAGCUCGAUGUGUAAAGUGGAGGGCACCCAGCCCAGGAGAACUCAUUGAAGACUUGUAUUUGAGGUCG